GGACUCCUUCGGACUGCUUCUUUUUCCCAAUUCCGUUUCUGAAGCUAAACGGCCGUACUCUUCCACCGAUCGUUCCACAAGUUGGAGCAUCAAUGGGGGUUUCAUUAAAUUCCUAUUCAAUGAUGAAAUUUGAUCAGUUUCAGAUGAUUUCCUCCUAUGCUUCUAUAAAUGGGGGUUUCCUUAGGCUUAUCAUCUUUUCCACGAGUCCUGAUCACUACUUUAACGACAUUUGCCGAACUAACUCCAGUGUAUUUGGCAGCAUCGUACUUUGCAUCUCUUUCCGUGCGUUUGUUUUGGAGUAAAAGUGAGGACGGUCCGCCAAGCAUGGAGUGAUGUAUUUUUCGUGACAGAUCAGAUAUCUUACUGCCACUCUACACUAACUAAUUGUUAACAUGGUCAAGAGACAGAAAUUCCACCCCUUUUCUGGAUGUCAUAUUUGAGAAGAAAUAAAAUAAAAUUCAUACGAAAUAUUUUUCUUUGGUUAUGUUUAAAAUUUCAUUUGGUUACAGAAAUUUAUGUAUUGAAGGUUAUGGUUCUGGAUUCUUGGCCAGAUUUGAAAUAAAGA